AUGACCACAAGUAUCGAUCAGGAUGAUGGUAGCAUCUUUGGAUUGGACGACGAUGACAAGGACAAAGCAAAACGGGUAUCCCGCAACAAGUCAGAAAAGAAGCGGCGGGAUCACUUCAACGUUCUCAUUAAAGAACUCGGCACCAUGUUGCCAGGUAACACCCGCAAGAUGGACAAAUCCACCAUUUUGCAGAAGAGCAUUGACUUCUUGCAGAAACAACAAGAAAUCUCUGCUCAGUCAGAGUCCACCGAGAUCAGGCAAGACUGGAAACCACCGUUUCUCAGCAAUGAAGAGUUCACUCGACUGAUGGUGGAGGCAUUGGACGGCUUCUUCCUUGCCAUCACUACGGACGGGAACAUCAUCUACGCCUCAGAGAGUGUCACGUCGCUGCUGGAGCAUCUCCCUUGUGAUCUCGUGGAUCAGAACCUGUUGAACUUCCUGCCCAGGGAGGAGCACUCGGAUGUCUACAAGCUGCUGUCCUCGCAUGUUGCUGAGGAGGAGACUUUGACGCCUGAAUAUUUGAAGACCAAGAACCAGCUGGAAUUCUGUUGCCAUAUGCUCCGAGGGACGAUGGACCCCAAAGAGCCGCCCGUGUACGAACAUGUGAAGUUUGUUGGAAACUUCAAGUCUGUCAACAAUGUACCUGAAUGCCCUCAGAAUGGAUUCGCAAAGGCCGUCAUUCAGCAAACGCUCCACUCGACCUUUGAGGAGCAGCUAUGUCUCAUCGCCACCGUCAAGCUUGUCAAACCCAAAUUUAUCAAGGAAAUGUGCACUGUCGAGGAGCCUAAUGAAGAGUUCACCUCCAGACACAGUUUAGAGUGGAAGUUUCUUUUCUUGGACCAUAGAGCUCCGCCUAUUAUAGGUUACCUACCGUUUGAAGUCCUGGGUACAUCCGGUUAUGACUACUACCAUGUAGAUGACCUGGACACGCUAGCUAAAUGUCACGAGCACCUCAUGCAGUACGGCAAAGGAAAAUCCUGCUUCUACAGAUUUCUCACCAAAGGGCAGCAGUGGAUUUGGUUGCAGACUCAUUACUACAUCACGUACCACCAGUGGAACUCCCGGCCAGAGUUCAUUGUUUGCACUCACACGGUUGUCAGCUACGGUGACGUGAGAUCAGAACAGCGGAGACAGUUUGGGCUGAAAGAAUCGCCAGCAGACAAGUCGCAUGACUCUGGCUUGGAAUCACAGCCCAACGCCUCCAACCUCAAAGAAGCGCUGGAGCGCUUCGGUGACAGCGGGACAGUGUCACCAUCGUCUCACAGCUCAUGCAAAUCUUCCUACACGCCUCUGUCAGAAGCCUCCUCGUCCCGAGUGAAGCUCCAAGGAGCGAAAAGCACACCGGGUCAUCAGUCAGUAUCACAAAGAAGAUCAUCAGUCGGUAGUCAGUCUGUCAGCUCCCAAAGCACAGUACAGACGGCAUCAUUGGUUUCCCAUCCACAACAACAACCACAAGAAGUUCCCCAAGCCUCGUCGCUGCAGUUCUGCGACCAGCUGGACAACAUGCAGAACAUGAAAAAGCAGCUGGAGCAGCGCACCCACGCCAUCGAGAACAACAUUCAGCGGCAACUUGACGAGCUGUGGAAGAUCCAGCAGGAACUGCAGAGGGUGCAGGAGCAAAGCCUGCAGAUGCUGGUGCAGAAAGGAGCCAUGAAUAUGACCACAGUGCAAGUGGCCCCCCAGAUGGCGCAGGGAAACCCCGGCCACAACAUGCAGAGCCCGAUGCUCUCUGCUGGCCCUCUGCAAACCACCUUACAACAACAACAUUCUGUGCAGCCCCAACAGAAUACAGCAUUGGCGCAGCCUUCACUAACAGCAUCUCUGUACAACACGGUGAUGAUCCCACAGCAAAACAGUGCCAACGUGCUGCAAAUCGCUGGCAGCCUUCCGUCCAAUACGGGGUCAAACACGCCCACGCUGGCCUCCUUCACACAGGACCGUACCGCCCAAAUUAGGUUUCCGGCCGCCCGCCAGCUACUCACUAAGUUGGUGACGGGCCAGAUGGCAUGCGGGGCUGUCAUGGUGCCAUCCACCAUGUUCAUGGGCCAAGUGGUGACAGCGUUUGACCCCCAGGCGGCCCCCGCGCAAACCAUUAGCAUCGCUCAGCAGCCCACUCAGCAACCGGAGCAGCAGGGUCUGCGGAUGCUUCAAGGAAGUCAGCUGAUCCUGCCGGCGGGGGCAUUUCCGUUGCAGCAGGCAGGAGCGUUCGCCUCUCCUACCAACCAGCAGAAGCAACAGCAACACAGGACUGACACUUAA